AUGAAUACAAGAAGCGGCAAAAAAUCUAGUGCCUCCAACUCCAAGCCCGAAACCACCACUUCUACCACUAAGAAUUCUACCAAUAAGAAGGUUAAGGCCAACGAAGAACAUGACAUCGAAGCUCUUCAAGACGUUGCUAACAGAUUGAGAAUUCUUUCCAUGAAGAUGACCAACGCCUCUAAUAGUGGUCACCCUACCAGUUGUGCAUCUAUGGCUGAAUUCCUUUCAGUUAUGUUCUUCGACAAGUCUGGUAUGAGAAUCAAGAGUGAUAACCCCAAGUCAUUUGUUGCUGACAGAUUAGUUUUAUCUAAGGGCCACACUGCCCCUAUUUUGUAUGCUGCAUGGGGAAUUGCAGGCUUAUACACUGAAGAAUAAUUAAUGACCCUCCGUAAAUUCGACUCUGAUUUAGAAGGUCACCCUACUCCUAGACUUCCCUUCGUCGAUGUUGCUACUGGUUCUUUGGGUCAAGGUUUAGGUGUUGCUUGCGGUAUGGCUUAUACUUCUAAAUACCACGACAGCCUUAACAACCGUUUCUGGUGUAUCCUCGGUGAUGGUGAAUGCGCUGAAGGUUCUGUUUGGGAAGCUGCUCACUUUGCUGGUAUUUACAAGUUAGAUAACUUGAUUGCUGUCGUUGAUGUCAACAGAUUAGGUUAAUCUGAAGCUACCUCUUUGGGUCAUAAUACUAACGUUUAUAAGAAGAGAUUCGAAGCCUUUGGCUGGAAUGCUUUGGUUGUUGAUGGACACGAUAUUGAAGCCCUCAUUAAGGCUUUCAAUGAAUGCAAGCACAAGGCUAACUAACCCAGUAUCAUUAUUGCUAAGACCUUAAAAGGAAAGGGUCUUCCUAAUAUUGAAGACUAAGAAAACUGGCACGGUAAGCCCGUCGGCAACAAGAUUGACGAUUUGAUCAAGCACCUUGAAGAAUAGCUUGUCGAUAAGAACAGAAAGCUUACUACCAUCCCCCCUGAGAAUGCUGAAGAAAUUACUCUUCAUUCAGAUGCAAUUAAAUUACCCGAACUUAGCUACAAGAAAGGACAACAAGUUGCUACCAGAUUCGCUUAUGGUGAUGCCUUGAAGAGACUCGGUGGUGUUGACACUUACAGAAGAAUUUGCUCUUUGGAUGGUGAUACCAAGAACUCUACUUAUGCCCUUACUUUCAAGAACGCAUUCCCUGACAGAUUUGUUGAAUGCUACAUUGCUGAAUAAAACUUAGUCUCUGUUUCUAUUGGUUUAUCUGCCAGAAACAAGAUUCCUUUUGCCUCCACUUUUGGUGCUUUCUUCUCUAGAGCUUACGAUCACAUUAGAAUGGCUGGUGUUUCUAAGGUUAACAUUAAAUUAGUAGGUUCUCACUCUGGUGUUUCUAUUGGUGAAGAUGGUCCUUCAUAAAUGGCUUUGGAAGACUUUGCCAUGUUCAGAGCUAUUCCUGAUGCUGUCGUCCUCUAUCCUUCUGAUGCUGUUUCUUGUGAAAGAGCUGUUGAAUUAGCUACUAAUCAUCACGGUAUCGUAUACAUCCGUACUUCAAGACCUGCUACUGAAGUAGUUUAUGAUAACCAUGAAGAAUUCCAUCUCGGUUAGUCUAAGGUACAUGGUAAGACUGAUUCUGAUAAGAUUCUUAUUAUUGGUGGUGGUAUUACAUUCGAAUCUGCCAUGAAGGCUCAAAAAACUUUGGCUGCUGAAGGAAUCCACGCUAGAGUUAUGGAUAUCUUUUCUAUUAAACCUAUUGAUAGAGAUGGUAUCAUCAACAAUGCUAAAGAAUGCAAUAAUACUAUCCUCACUGUUGAAGAUCACUACAUCGAAGGUGGUAUCCAUGAGGCUGUUUGCAAUGCUGUUGCUUCUCUCGGUAGCAUCAAGGUUCACGCUAUUGCCGUCGAUAGCGUUCCUAGAAGUGGUACUCCUGAAGAUCUCUUAAAUCAUUAUAAACUUACUGCUCCUCACGUAGUUGAAAAGGUUAAGAGCAUCCUUCAAUGA